AGUAAAUUAUCAGUUUGUGCCCUUGACGGCUAACCAUCAAUUGGCUCCGCGUUCAAAACACACAGUCGGCAUUAAAAAAUAUCACCUAAUGUUUCAGUAAAUUGCAAAGUGAUUAUUAAUCACGUGACUAUACUUGUGAAAAGUUUCCGCGAUAAAUUCGCGGUGGAGAACUUGCGUGGACUGAUCCAAACUAUCGACACAUGAUCCAUCGUUAUUACGGUGCGAUCCGUCAUUGCUUAAUUUUUCGUCAUUCACAAUCUUUCUUCGAUCGUCUCAAAUUUCUGCAAAUCCGCACGAUUUUUCCGUCUUGAGAAACUCGAGAUUAUGCUAUCUCUUCAAUCUCACAAUCAGGUUUUAUACCAUUUAACGCAGCUAACAUUGGCAGUCACUCCUAGGACAACUUUAUAUUCAGUCCAAACUAAGAAACAAGAUGAAUCUUUACAAAAGAAUACAGAGGAGAUGGCAAUUUGCCAAGACAGUCUUGAGGAGGCAACAAAAAAUUGUACUGAGCUACUGGAAAUGAAUUUAAAUGCUUUAAGUGCAUUAACAAUGAAGAACAAAAAGGUUGUAAUGUUAGAUGAUCUAGCUGUCAGUAUAUUUAGGAGAUCUUUGGAAGAGAAUAAUAAGUGGAAAGUGUCUUAUUUAUCCGGCCUAAGUUUUGCCGAUAACAAACGGGGCUUCCCAUACUCGUUGACAGAGCCCAUUGCUCUACCUGUUAUUCAUUUAGCAUCAAAACAGCAUUAUAGACUGUUACAAACAUGGUAUGACAAAGCAUUACAAAAUCACAUACCAAUUCGUACGUUCAAGUCUCAACGUAGUAUAAAAAUGGAACUUGAGCAAAAUCCAACAUUCAUAAGCAGAAUAAAAAAAUGGCUUGGCCUCUCUUCUAAUCUUCAUGUGAGCUCGGUACAUGAACCAAGAAGUUCAGACUUUGAAAAACUAAAACAGAUCUUCAACAAUACUGAUGUAACAGCAGAUGAGCAGAAGAGAAUAAAAAUGGCUUUUGUGGAAGGAUAUGAAUCUGGAUUACAACGGCAGAUGCGAGGACGAACAAUGUUAUUCAAAAUUGUGCUAAAUAUAAUAGCUGUAUCUGUGUUCCUAGUUAUCCUUAUAAUUUGGCUUUAUCUUAGUUAUCCAGGAGGAGGAAUAUUCAAGCUUCCUAUGAGCCAUAGAAUUGAAAUCGAUCCCGAGGACAUUCAUAUUACUUUUAAUGACGUAAAAGGAGUGGAUGAGGCAAAGCAGGAGCUUUUGAAUGUAGUGGAAUUCUUGAAAAAUCCCGACAAAUUUUCUGCUCUUGGCGGAAAGUUGCCGAAGGGUGUCCUAUUGGUCGGUCCACCGGGGACAGGAAAGACAUUGUUAGCACGCGCAGUCGCUGGAGAAGCUGGUGUACCGUUCUUCCAUGUGGCAGGUCCUGAAUUUGACGAAAUCUUAGUUGGUCAGGGUGCUCGGCGCGUCAGAGACUUAUUCCGAGCGGCGAAAGAAAAAGCACCAUGUGUAGUGUUUAUUGAUGAGAUCGAUUCCGUGGGUGCAAAAAGAACGAACUCGGUUCUCCAUCCUUAUGCGAAUCAGACAAUUAAUCAAUUACUUUCCGAAAUGGAUGGCUUUCGCCAAAAUGAAGGUGUCAUAGUUCUUGGUGCUACAAAUAGACGUAAGGAUCUCGACAAAGCAUUAAUGCGUCCAGGGCGUUUUGAUGUUGAGAUUUAUAUUAAUAAACCUGAUUAUUUUGGUCGUAAGGAAAUACUGGACCUCUACUUAUCCAGAAUAUUGACGCAUGAUGUUGAUACAGUUUAUUUGGCACGUUGUACUACUGGAUUCACUGGAGCUGAUCUCGAAAACAUGAUAAAUCAAGCUGCACUACGCGCAGCGAUUGAUGAGGCGGAUUGUGUCACCAUGAAACAUUUGGAGUAUGCUAGGGACAAAGUAUUGAUGGGUCCUGAAGGCAAGUUAAAGUUACGCGAUGAGGAAGUCAAUCGUAUUACAGCAUAUCAUGAGGCUGGACAUGCUCUGGUAGCAUUUUACACAAAGGAUGCUACGCCACUUCAUAAAGUUACUAUUGUUCCACGAGGACCAUCGUUGGGUCAUACUUCUUAUAUGCAUGAGAAGGAUGUUUAUCAUAUUACGAAGUCACAAUUAUUAGCUAAUAUGGAUUCCAUGAUGGGUGGUAGAGCUGCAGAGGAGUUGGUAUUUGGUGCAGAAAAAGUGACGACUGGUGCUUCUUCCGAUUUAGUGGAAGCGACAAAGAUAGCAGAGAUGAUGGUAAAAAAUUAUGGAAUGUCAGAAAAAGUGGGCUUUAGAUCAAUAAUAGAGAAUAAGAAGUUUUUUGGUAAUAACACUACAUUUGCUCCAAGCACGAAUGAACUUAUUGACAAUGAAGUAAAACGGAUUUUACAGGAAUCAUAUGAGCGUGCAAAAUCAAUUUUGAAAACACAUGCAAAGGAACAUAAACAGCUAGCAGAAGCAUUAUUACAGUAUGAGACAUUGGAUGCGGAUGAUGUAGCUGCUAUUGUAAAUGAAACGGGACUCAGUAAACGAGAAUCAUCUGCAGAUCCAAAGAGAUCGACAAAAGGAUCUUAAUCUAAACGCGAUUGUCUGAAAAUAUUUGCCGAGAAGGUAGGAAUCAAGCAUAAUUAUGUAAAAUUUGCGCGGACAUACAAUUUGGAUGAUGAUCGUUGUAUUUUAUAUGAACUUAUAAUUCAUGAGAGACUUAAAAUACACUCGAAAUAUAAAUCGUGAGUUUUUUUUUUAAUUUUAUUUUGAAUUAACAUUUUUAAUCGAAAUACAAAUUUAAUAUAAAUACAAAUUAUCACACUCAAAUGUCUAUUUAAAUGUUUAAAAUACUUUAAAUGUAUAUAUACAUUACAAAAAUAGAUGCUGUUCCUGUUAACAGCGUUUAUUUCCGUUUAUUUUUUUUAUUACUUAAAAUUUUAGAAAUUAUAUAUGUCCCUUCCGUAAGCAUAUAUAAAAUUUAAUAAUUAUUUUAUACUUUACAAAUUAUAAUAAAAAAAGAUUGUUUAUGCAUCAUAAACAAUGUUUAUUCUAAAUCGAUAAAUAUUUGUUUUUAAUGCAGCAGCAUCUAUUUUUGAACGGAGUGUUGGUUAAAAGCCAACUUAGGUCAAUUAUUAAAUUCCGCGAAAAAACGCUGACAAUUCAUCUGAAAUUUUAAAUAGAGAUGCGUCGAAGAGAUAAAAAUUCUGCAUUCGUUGGAAAUUUUAAGGAAAAAAAUCAGCUGCUAAAAAAAUAUAUUUGAUCAGAAUAAUUUCCGGAUAAUUCAACUUUUGUUCGCAAUUUCUUGAUCUUUUUCUGCAAUGAUGUACGUUCGUCUAUUUAAGGGGUCACCCUGACCACCCUGACCGCUCGAAAAAUGAGUUUAUUUUUAAAAAUCUAUAAAUUUGAAAGUAUAAAACAAAAUUUAUUUAUUUUUGGCCAUGUAAUAGAUUACGGUUUUAAGAAUGUCUCUUAUAAGUUUUAACAAAAAAUAUUUUAAAAUGGCGGCACUGCAACUGUUGCCGUGGAGGUCCACGCGCGUAGCUGGCGGUAAGUUUAGCUCAGUUAUAAUAAAUCUGAAAAAAAAAAAAAAAAAUUUUGCUUAUUCGUGAAUAGUGUGGCUACAAUGUAGCGUACGGAUUUUUUUUCUAUUAGUGGGAAAAUAACGGUGAGCUGAAGAAAAAAAAAUCGUUUUUCAUGUAAAUUUGACAAGAAAAAAAUUAAUAAAAAAAUAAUUAAUCAACUCAUCGCAAAAAUUGUAGCCACACUAUUCACGAAUAAGAAUUUUUUUUUUUUUCCUGGUUUAUUAUAACUGAGAUAAACUUACCAGCUACGCGCGUGGACCUCCACGGCAACAGCGCCGCCAUUUUAAAAUAUUUUUUGUUAAAACUUAUAAGAAACAUGAUCAUCUUAAAACCCUAAUCUACUAUGUGGCCAAAAAUAAAUAAAUUUUAUCUUAUACUUUCGAAUUUACAAAUUUUAAAAAAUAAGCCUAUUUGUCGAGCAGUCAGGAUGGUCAGACCCCUUAAAGCAAUAGUCGUAAUUUGAUUGUUUUCUCAAAUAAAAUGAAAAUCAUCAAGAUGAAAUUAAUUAUUGGCUAUUUCGUCUUCCCUUCCCUGCUUGGGAAACUGCAAUUGAGAAAUUACAAAAUGUCCAGCGAAUAUAAAAACAUACCGGAACCGUAACAAACUUUAAUGUACCAUUAAAUAGACAUUAUAAAUAUAAAUUGUACUGAAUUAUGUAUAUACAUAUACACAUAAAUAUUUAUAUACAUAUA